CGCUGACCAACCAUAAGCGUUAGAAUUCUGCCGUCCCAGCGGUCAGUUGAGCGCCGCCCUUGAACAGGUCUGAAGACACCAGGCUCUCUGUUGAGCUGGGCCUGUUCAAGGACUGCAGGCAAGUCUGAGCCCCGAGAAAUUGAGAACUACUGCUAACCAUGGCAACACCUAUGCCCAAGGAUGAUGUGGGCACAAGAAAGGGGUUUGAUCGCUACAAGUGGGAAUUCAAAGACUGCAAUAAAGAUUUCUGGCUCGGGGGACACGCCGUGGUCAAGACCCUGAGUAUCGCCUUCAUGAUCGCUGGACUCAACCGCUUUGAAUCAAUUUCCGCACACCCCCUCCUGAUCCUGGUCCUCACUAUGGAACUGUCCUUUUUUGCUUUCUUCAUGUUCCUUUACACCUUCGCCAUCAGCAGAUAUACUACUUUCAUCUACUGGCCUGUGACUGACCUCUUGAACGACCUCUUCACCUGUGUGUUCCUCAUAGGCGCCAUAGUCUUUGGUGUGAAGUCUAAAAGUGAAUUGACAGUCACCUACAUUAUAGCUUUGGUUCUUAUGGCAGUUGCCGCAUUCUUUGCUCUCGUUGACCUCUGUCUUCAAAGGAGACACUUCAAACCCAGGAAGCUCCGAAAGCUCCAUGUGCUUGCUCCAGACAAGUUCGGCAAGAUGCCAGACCCGAACCUCAAAUUACUGCUGGAGCAGAAAGAAGAAGAGGAGGCAAAGCAAAAGGAGAAGGAGGAGAAGGAGAAGAAGGAGAGGGAGGCAAAGCUGAAAGCCAAGCAGAAGAAGAAGCAGGCGAAGGCAAAAAAGGGCAAGAAGAAGAAGUGACUGGACGGCGACACUCGUGGUCAGGAAUGGCAGCCAGCUUUACGGCCAGGCUUUUCUACACCCUCCCCUUUCUGGCUUUCUAGCCUACUUUUCUUUUCCAUCAAUAAACACCUCUUGGAAAGAAAA